GUUUCACGAGCCCUGGUCUUUUCCAGGGGUAUUGCGAGCUAAUCAUCGCGGAGCGGGAAUAGUAGUAACUAGUUGUUCGAUGAUCCUCAAGCCGCGUCAUAAGACGUCAAAAACAUGGAACAACGUCCCGGGAGCUCAUUUCCGAGGCUCGUCGGCGCGCGUAACGUAGGCGAGCAAGUCGAAGAACACAACAUCGAGGGCCAUUACUGUCGUGCAGCAAAACCUCGUUGAGGAACCGAACACGCUGGGCCACCACAAAGACGUAUCUACUCUCUCACCCACCCGGUAAUUUCCCCCGAGCCAUCCAAUCACCACCACAACGCAGCAGAUUGACCUGAGUUUCGCCUCCUCACUCGUGUCCGUCCCAGAUCACGCACCCCAGUCAGGCACCGGGACCGUUACCAGAAGACCUCGGGAUCCGAUCCGAUCCACAUUCUCCGUCUUGGCUCCAACGCCAAGCACCGGCAUCCGAACUCACCUCGUCUCCACAUCCGGGAGGUUCUCUCUCUCACAGCACAAGGCGUCGUCAAACACCCGCAGCAAUGACGGACCGCACCACCACCCACUUCCGUGGGCGUCACUACGCGGCAGAGCACAUCACGGGCCCGCUGCCCUUCCUGAACCCGACCACGCGCGUCUUCCCGCUGCACAAACCCCAGCCGCCCUCAGCCGAUGGCGGUGGCGGCGGCAAUGGGGACGAGGAGGAAGCAAAGCCAAAGGAGCUGCCCUCCACCUUCGGCAGCAGCAGCAGCAGCAGCAGCAUGUACCACGUCUGGCGCUCACGCGACAACCGCAAGGGCCGCCACAGGCUGAUCCUAAGCCCGCAAGAACCUACCAAAGAGCCACCACCCACGCUCAGGGGAGGCAUCGCCCGCAUGCUCCUCCGCUUCCCCAUCUGGGACAUCUCCUACGACGUCGCAGCCCUCUUCACCCUCGGCUCCGCGGUGUGGGUCCUCAACGGCUUCCUCGUGCUCCUCCCGCUCACGAACCCGGGCGCGUCGUGGCCCGGCGAGGCCGCCCGGGGCGGCGGGAUCUCGGCGGCCGUGGGCGCGUCCGUCUUCGAGGUCGGCAGCGUGCUGCUCAUGCUCGAGGCCGUCAACGAGAACCGGUCCGACUGCUUCGGGUGGGCCGUCGAGGAGGCGCUGCGGGGCUCGGAGGAUGUUGGGCCUGGCCGGGAUGAGGACCGGGAGGCGGGCCCGGGGGGGCUGCUCUGGUCGUUGCACAGGCGGUGCCGGCAUCACCACCGCAACAGGCGCUUCACGGGCUUGCCCCAGGUACUGGGGGUGUUGAGCGUGCCUGCUGAGAAUGGUAUAUAUUGGCUGCCCCAGGUAAUAGGCGGCACAGGCUUCAUAGUCUCCUCCUACCUCUUCAUGCUAGAGACCCAGCCGGACUGGCACACCCCCGCCCCGAGGACCCUAGGCUGGCACAUCGGCCUCUGGAACCUCAUCGGCGCGCUGGGCUUCACCCUCUGCGGCGCGCUGGGCUUCGUCGGCUCCAUAAUACAGUGGUACGAAUCCCUGGACAAAUAUCCCGUCACGAUCGUCGACAUCAGCACAGUCACGGCCCCGGGUUCAGCUCGGUCACCGGAGAAGACGGGGUUUUGA